AUGAAAUGAAAUGAAUUUAUUUACUAAUAAAACUUAGUCAAUGGCGAUUUUGAAACGCUAUAUUUGAUACAUUUUUAAAGUCCUUGUAAUUCUUCUCAAGAAAUUAAAUUUUAAAGAUGAGUAUCUGUCGUUUAACUGCAAAAGGAAUUGGCAAUCUAUUUCAGAGAGAAAUAACAACUCCAACGAAGCUUUCAUAUCGGACAACAUAUAUUGUUGAAAGAAUUAUGCCACCUCCUGCUAGCAGAUUUAAUGCCAAGAGGCCAAGAAUCUUAAAGGCAAGACAUUUCAUUUACAGAACUAUAGAGGAUACAGACCUUUCAGAUCCCCCAGAUCUUCAUGUUGUACUGACAUCUUAUGUGGAAGGAAUCGGUGAUGUUGGAGAUGUUAUUUCUUUGGAUCCUUAUUAUGCCCGUGAUCAUCUACUCUUACAAAGAAAAGCAGAUUAUGCAACUCCUGAAAACAUUGAGAAAUAUACUAAUAUGAGAAAGUCAAGAUCUGAAAGGGCUAAAUAUAGUUCCAUUCAUGCUGGUAUGUUGGUGAAAGUUCUGAGUAAAUCUACCAUCCCUGUUUUUAUGAAUCCUAAAGAACCCUGGACAGUUGGAAGAAAGCACAUACAUGUAGCUUUUAGAAUGGAGGGUUUUCAUGUACCAGAGGAUGCUAUUGAAUUACCUUCUACACCUAUUGAAGGUCCAGAUUCAGAGAAAGAAUCCACUGAUUUUGCUGUUUAUUUGACAAUCAAUGACAGAGAGAGAGUGCCUAUAAGAUGUAGACUUUUUCAUAUCAAGCCAGGUAUGGAAACAGCCAAAUUAUCUGAUGAACUCUACUUAGACAAAUAUGAACCACUUUUAUCUGAACAAAAAGAACUACUAGAAUCUAUGCCUAUGCCAGAAAUCUUGGAUGAUAUUUCUGCAAGUAUUUCUUUAGUAGAAAAGUACAGAAUCAGGUAUCUCAAUUGAAUAAAAGACUUUUUUUAUAUAUAUAA